AUGCCGCGCGCGAUUUCCGCGCUGUGUUUGGACGGCCGCCGCGCACGAAUGCCGCGUGUUGCUGCCGCGCGCGAACGAGGUUGCCGCGCGCGUAGUGUUCGUUCGUCAGUGAAGACAGCCUACCCACCACCAACAUGCUUUGGACUUUAUGGAAUCUUCCUCGCAACGAUGGAAGCAAAACUUGAAGGACUAAAAUCUGACUAUCCUCUUGUCAGCCGUAAUGGGGAACUUACUUACCCUUAUCUUGCAAGCGCACGGCUGCAACAUCUCGCUAAAACCGUCACUGUCGCCCCCGCUCCUUUAGUAAAAGUUAUUAAUGCUGUCGGAAUAAUAAAAAGAGAUGGCUUUGUUUACUUACCAGCGGUAAGGGCGAACUUACGAGAUAUAAAUAAUGAGUUUGUGCCCAGGCCAGAAACUGUACUCUAUUCCAACUUGAGAGAGACAGUGGUAGCCUUGGCGAAUCCACAUACUCCUGAAAGAACUAGGACAUACUUUGAACAGCAUAAUCCUAUUCCAGGAGCAAUUUUUGAGAACCAUGUUCUACAGAAUCCAGACGAGAUCAUGCCGGAUGAUUACGGUCUUGAAGAGCUGCAAAGAGAGAUCCGUGUCAUACAGCCGUUUUUGAUAAAAUUGCAGAAACACGUUCCAAAGCUUGUAUCUGGCGUUUUGGAUUUUAAGAGCACUGGGAAACCUUCAUUGUUUAUUAGCAAUGAAAUGGAAAAUUUACGUAUUCCAAAUAGAGCACGGAAUCAAGAUAUACAGGACUGGUACCGCAAUUCACCAGGAGGUGAGGGGGGUACGAGGGGAGUAAAAUAUUUCGUGCAGACUUCUGCUGCAGCUGUAGCGGCGCUCGCUUACAUCGAGUCGGACGAAAACACGCACGUGCGACCAGUUUGGGCGAACUUCGUAGCGUCACCGCCCAGGCGUCACAGCGCACCAGUAACGCUCGUGUGGCAUCUCUUUAUACUUCCAAGUCACUCGGAUUCAAUCUCAGGCAACACCAUGUCCAGAAGAGACAAAAUUCUUUCUUUGGCUAUUUCGCAAAAUCAAAACUCAAAACCACAUGUUUCUCCAUCUGAACCUACCAGCCAUCAGCUGAUUCCAAGGCCAUCAAUAAUAAAAACGUCUGCUGUUCAAAAAGUCAAAUCUUUUGAAACAACCGUUACCAGACAUUCUCUUAAGUGCUAUGAAACCCUACCAUACUCCGAAGAAGAAUGUGAAAAGAUGAACAGACCUGUAAAUUAUUUUGAAGAUUCCGACGAUAGUGUCAUUGAUAAAGACUAUAUCCCUGAUUUUAUAAUUUCAGAUUCUGAUUCUGAUUCACCCAUUUGUAUUAAAAGAAAUUUACUUGAACAUAAAAAAACUAGAGGCAAAAAGACAGAACGUGAAGAGACUGAACAUGAUGAGACUGAACCUGAAGAGACUGAACAUGAUGAGACUGAACGUGAAGAGACUGAACAUAAUGAGACUGAACAUGAAAAAGCAGAACGUGAAGAGGCUGAAUAUGAUGAGACUGAACGUGAGGAAACUGAACGUAAGGAGACUGAACAUGAAGAGACUGAACGUAAGGAGACUGAACGGGAGGAGACUGGAUAUGAAGAGACUGAACAUGAGGAGAUUAAACGUGAAGAGACUGAACAUGAACAUACUCAACAUAAACAUAAUACACAUAUACAUACUGAACGUGAGGAGAUUAGACGUGAGGAGACUGAACGUGAAAAUAGUGAAGUAGAAGAAUGCGUAAUACUUGAGAAUGAGAAAGGACUGACUAAAGCGGGCAUGCCAAGAAAAAGACGUAGAUUUGAUACAUCCCUUGCGGAUCGACAAAGACAGAAAAAAGAAAAUGCUGAUGAAAAGCUGUCACUGAAACCACCGUGUGAUGGUAAAUGUCGUAAAAAAUGCACAACUAAGAUUUCUGAAGAAAUUAGAAGAGAAAUACAUGAUCGGUACAUAAGAUUAGAUUGGGAGUCUAGAGGUUUAUUCAUUAAAGGAAUGGUCGAAUCAAAGGAAAUAAAAACAAGAACUACAAAGGAAGGUCGAAAUAAAAGAAGAGAUGUUUCGUAUUACUAUCAUUUUCAAGUCAAACAUGAAAAAAUUGAUGUUUGCAAAACUUUUUUUUUAACGACACUUGGUUACACCCACAAAAUAACAGACAUAUUCACUCGGCACUCAGUAAGGAAGUUGAUAAUCAAAAAGAUAAACGAGGAUCAUACAAACGCCAAAAUGUCA